AUGGGCCGAAACGCGAUAACACCGCGAUCGUCUCCCGCAGUCACCGUGGCAUUCGCCGUCGCCGCGGCGCUGCUGAUCGCGUGCUCGGCGCCGCGUCCGGCGGCGGCGCAGGCGGACGGCGAGUGCUGGCCCGGGAACGUGCCGUGCCCGGGCGGGACGGGGUGCGUGCGAGCGGAUAAGCUACGCGGUGCCGUGAGGGCUACAAAUGCCGUGUUGGAGAGCGCGUACUGCGACCGAAACAACGACUGCACGGACGCGAGCACGGGCACGCCUGCUGUCAUCUACCAUCUCUCAUCUCCUCCGACCCUGUCCCCUCAUUCAUCUCACCUACCGCCAGACGUGGUGCCGCGAGGUCUACCAGUGCCGCCCGACGUGGUGCCGCGAGGGCUACCAGUGCCGGCCGUGGCCGAAAUUUUAGGUGCGGCGAUUUUACACGCCCUUAAUGGCAGCGAUGAGGAGCCCGAGCAGUGCUACCCCAUCUACAAGGACCUGCAAAAGGAUCUGUGCGCCGCCAAGGGAUUGGUGAGUCAAUCAUUGCUGCCAGGUGAUCAGGUUGUCUUCUGCCAGGUGGUUGCUGCCAGGUGGUUGCUGCCAGGUGGUUGCUGCCAGGUGGUUGCUGCCCGAGCAGUUGUCUCAGCUACAGAGGAGCCCGAGCAGUGCUACCCCAUCUACAAGGACCUGCACAAGGACCUGUGCGCCGCCAAGGGGCUGUUGCCUCAUGGCAGCGACGAGGAGCCCGAGCAGUGCUACCCCUACUACAAAGACCUGCGCAAGGACCUGUGCGCCGCCAAGGGGCUGGUGAGUCAAUCAUUGCUGCCAGGUGAUCAGGUUGUCUUCUGCCAGGUGGUUGCUGCCAGGUGGUUGCUGCCAGGUGGUUGCUGCCAGGUGGUUGCUGCCCGAGCAGUUGUCUCAGCUACAGAGGAGCCCGAGCAGUGCUACCCCAUCUACAAGGACCUGCGCAAGGACCUGUGCGCCGCCAAGGGGCUGGUGAGUCUUCCUUUCAGGCAGGUGUUGCCCCUGUUGCCCAGUGUUCCAGUUGUGCGGUGUCCCAAUGACCCAGGCUACUGUAUCAGCCCUCAGGAGGUGUGCGACAGCAUCCAGCAGUGCUCCGACGGGUGGGACGAGCUCGACUGCUUCGACCACACGUGCCAGGCCGGCCAGAUCCACUGCCCCAUCACCGGCUACUGCGCAAAGGGUCGCCUGUGCGAUGGCAAUCCGGAUUGCUGGGGGGAAAUGGGUGAGGAGGAUGAAAAUCCGGACUUCUGCCAGGGGUAUGCGUGUCCGGCAGGGUGGAAGAAGUGUGCAGAUGGGUUGCAGUGUGUGGAAGCUAGUCGGUGGUGUGAUGGCGCUGUGAACUGUUUGGAUGGGAGCGAUGAAGGGGCGGUUUGUGUCGUGCCAACUCCUCUUCCUCCGCCUCCGCCUGCUACCGGAGGAUCUGGGACCAGCUCAGGUGGUGCUUCAGGUGGUGUUUCAGGUGCUUCCAACAGCAGCAGCGCCCCGGUGGUUCUGAGCAAGGAGGAGAUAGCGAAGCUGAAGAAGCUGGCUCAGGAGAAAAAGGCGGCAGCCGUGGCUGCCAAGAAGCAGAAGAUGGAAGCAAAGCGGGUGGCAGAAGAGGAGAAGACGAAGCAGCGGGCGGCAAAGAACGCGGCGAUUGAGGCGAAGAUCCGAGCGAAGGAGGAGAAAAAGGCUGCUGUUGCUGCGAAGAAGACGGCUGUUGAAGCCAAGAAGAAGCAGCAGGCUGACAAGGAAGCUGCGAUUGCUGAGAAGAAGCGGAAGCAGGCUGAGAAGGCUGCUGCAAUCGAGGCUGAGAAGAAAAAGGAAGCUGAGAAGAAGGCGGCUAUUGAGGCAAAGAAGAAGCAGCAGGCAGAGAAGGAGGCAGCGAUUGCUGAGAAGAAGAGGAAGCAGGCAGAAAAGGCUGCUGCUAUUGAGGCAAAGAAGAAGAAGCAGGCUGAAAAGGCGGCAGCGAUUGCAGCCAAGAACAAGGCUACCACCAAGUGA